UCUUAUUUAUGUAUAUAACAUGAAUCUAUGAAUGAAUAUGACAAUAUGACAUGACAUGGAUAUAACCUCCAAAACUUAAAAGUAUAACGAACGUUAUUUUUAUACUUAGGAAAGUAUGGCUCACUUUAAUAAGAAUUUUAGUUUAAUAAAAAGAAAUAUAUCAAUGUUCUACAGUAAAUCAUGGUAUUCAUCAAACUGUGUAAUUUUAGGUAUAGAAACUUCUUGUGAUGAUACAGGUUGUGCUAUUGUAGACUCCCAAUGCAAUAUUUUAGGCGAAUCAUUAAAUUCUCAACAGUUAAUACACCUACAAAAUGGAGGCAUAAUACCACCAAUAGCUGAAAACCUCCAUAGGAAAAACAUUGAAAAUGUAGUGAAUAAUGCCUUAGCAAGCAGUAAAGUACAUUUUGCUGAUAUUGACGCAGUUGCCACAACAGUAACACCAGGUUUACCAUUGUCAUUAAAAAUUGGUGUCAAAUAUGGAAAAUAUCUCUGUAAAAAAUACAAUAAACCAUUCAUUCCCAUUCAUCAUAUGGAAGCACAUGCUUUAACAGCAAGAAUGUGUAAAAAAGAUGUAAAUUUUCCAUUUCUAGUACUUUUGAUAAGUGGUGGUCAUUGUUUAAUUGCUGUUUGUAAGGAUGUAAACAAAUUUCUUCUUCUUGGAGAAAGCAUUGAUGAUUCACCAGGAGAAGCUUUUGAUAAAGUUGCUAGAAGACUAAAAAUGAAAAAUAUCCCAGAAUUUUCAACAAUUUCUGGAGGACAAGCUAUUGAACUUGCAGCUUCCAGAGCAGAUAAUCCAAUACAAUUUAAAUUUUCAAUUCCAUUGCUUCAAUACAAGGAUUGUAACUUCAGUUUCUCAGGGCUCAAAACUCAAGCAAAAAUUCACAUACAGCGCCAGGAGAAACAGCAUAAUUUGCCUCCUGAUGGUAUUAUACCUGAUCUGUACAAUUUAUGUGCUGGUUUUCAGCUUGUAAUCACAAGACAUUUAUGUCACAGAGUGCAAAGAGCAAUGGAAUUUGCAGAAAUGAAAGGAUUACUUCCAAGAGACAACAAAACACUUGUUAUUUCCGGUGGAGUUGCUUGCAACAACUUUAUUGCAAAAGGCCUUCAAAUUAUCUGCAAGGAGUUAGAAUAUAAAAUGGUUAGACCUCCGCCAAAAUUAUGCACUGAUAAUGGGGUAAUGAUUGCGUGGAAUGGUGUGGAAAGAUGGAGAACUAAAGCAGGAGUAACAAAAGAUUUAGAUUCAGUAGAUUGGCAAAAAUCCUGUCCAUUAGGGGAAAACUUAAUAAAUGAAGUAAAGAAAGCCGAAAUUUCUCCACAUUGGGUUAGAAUAUCAAAAUUAACAAAACCACAAGUAGUUGAUAAUGAAAAUAAUAUAAGUUUAAAAUUAAAAGCAAUAAGUGCUAAUGAAUAA